CUUCCACAUUGAUCCUCAGCGCCAUCUGAUGCCGAAGUUUAAGUCGUUGUGUUUUUCCCGUCGUGUAUUUCUGGAGCCAGACUUUCAAGGGUCAAGACCUCCUUCGUAUUUGCUGAACGGACAUGAGGGAGCUGACCUACUGAGGCGUAGUGAUGGGCACUGAAUGAACUUCAGUUGAGGAAUGUGUAAGGUGGCACUUGUGCCAAGAUGAAGAUUGACAGAACCAAGUUAAAGAAGAGCAGCUCAGAAGUUCCUGGUGAUUGUGGUUGGCUGAUUGAAAAACUACAAAGCUGUAGCAAUGAGGAACUGCUGCCCAUCCUGCAGAGUGUGGAGUCCUGGAGCUAUGGCAAGUGUGAGCUGUACCACUGGAUUGAUGUGCUGGACAGAUUUGAUACAAUCCUAGAAGAGGCAACUGACAAAGGAGAUGAGGACAAAUGGGUGUUGCCGUGUGAUCUGCCAGAAAAUGGUCAUGUUCAGGAGCUGGUGGUGUGGGUGCUCCACUUCACCACGCUGCUGGUGGAGCAUUCCUUCUCCCGUCACUUGUACUCUUCUGUGGAGCAUCUCAUCACCCUCCUAUCCUCCACCUCCAUGACCAUCGUGCUUGCCGUCCUCAACCUGCUCUACAUGUUCAGCAAGAGGUCCAACUUCAUCACUCGGCUAGCCGUGGCCCCACGGCAGGCACUACUCACCCGCCUCAUCAACCUAGCAGAGCCAUGGGGAGGCAAAGACAACGGCUUCGGCCUGGCACAGUGCUGCCAGAAUCUGCCUCUCAGUGAUUUCCCUGAAAAUGCCACCACACUGCAUUAUGAAUUCUAUGGUGAGCAUCAGCAGCAGCAGCAGUACCACUCUGACACAGCUAGUGGGGCUAGUGGUACCAGCAGUGGCACCAGUAGUUGUAGAGGGAACAGUUCAAUCAUUACAAUUCACAUAGAUAAUAUGCAGAAUAUCAACAAGUCACCAGCCCAAGUUAUGGAGGAGCUGAUGCAGGUGUACAAAGUGCCUAGUGAGAAACAGAUGGUCCUUUUUACUCACAUAAGAUUAGCCCAUAGUUUUGGGUCGUAUGAAACCCGGCUGCAGUGUGUGCAAGCCAGGCUGCAGGCGUUGUCAGUGCUGGUGUACUGCAAUGCUCUCCAGGAUAAUGCAAACACAGUUUUGUAUUCAGGACUUCUUGAUGAGUUUGUUGAAGUCUUGGAACUGAAUGACACUAAGCUUACCGAGAUCAAGGCUGCCACUCUUCGCACCUUGACCUCUAUCAUUCACCUGGAUAGGAUGCCCAGCUUCCCCAGACUAAACACUAUAAUAGAUGUAACAGGUGCCUCAUCCUACCAUGGGUUCCUGCCAGUGCUGGUGAGGUCUUGCAUCACAACACUGACAGCACACUCCCCACCCGUGCCCAAUCCCUUUCCAGCACCCUUGGCCACAGCACUCUUUUCCUUCCUCUACCACCUGGCUAGUUAUGAGGCUGGGGGGGAGGCACUUGUGUCAUGUGGCAUGAUGGAGUCUCUCAUCUCUGUAGUUAACUGGAAAGGGACUGAACCGGAUCACAUAACUUUUGUGACCCGGGCAGUAAGAGUGAUUGACCUCAUCACCAACCUUGACAUGCAUGCCUUCCAGUCUCAUGGUGGCCUGAAUGCCUUCACCAAACGUUUGGAGGUGGAGGUAGAGGAGUGCCGAAAAGAGCAGCCUUUUGUCAUAAGUUUACCAGCACCGCUAGCUGGGGAUGGGGACAGCUCAAGUGCUCCUUCAGAUACUUCCCAGUCUGCAGGUGCCACAGAGGAACCCAUAGACACAACUGAUACCACAGAAGUGCCUGAUACUGGUACCCACUCUCCCAUGGACACCACACCUGCUCCAGCUCCCACAGAGGUGGACAUUACCCAAUCCUCAUAUGCCGCCCAGCCCAGCACCUCCUCAGCCAUGGAGGUGCCCGUGGCAUCACAACCAGACUACAGUGAGGCCAAGACUGGUCUCUCCUGCCUACCCCAGAGGGCAGCCCUAAUCAAGUCAAUGCUCAAUUUCCUGAAGAAGGCCAUCCAAGAGCCAGGAUUCAGUGAGAGCAUGCGUCACUUGAUGGAGGGCUCUCUGCCAUCCUCUCUUAAACACAUUAUCAGUAAUGCUGAAUACUACGGGGCAUCCCUCUUCCUCCUGGCGACAGAUGUGGUCACUGUGUAUGUGUUUGGUGAGCCGUCGCUGCUCUCCUCCUUGCAGGACAACGGCCUCACGGAUGUCGUCCUCCAUGCCUUGCUGGUCAAAGACGUUCCAGCCACUAGGGAAGUGUUGGGCUCACUCCCCAAUGUGUUCAGUGCCCUUUGCCUCAAUUCCCGGGGCCUCAAUGCUUUCGUGGCCUGCAAGCCCUUUGAGAGGCUGUUCAAGGUGCUGCUGUCCCCUGACUACCUGCCAGCCAUGAGGCGCCGCCGCUCCUCAGACCCAAUGGGGGACACCGCCUCCAACCUGGGCAAUGCCAUGGAUGAGCUGAUGCGGCACCAGCCCAGCCUCAAGUCUAAGGCUAUGAAGGCCAUUGUCAAGCUCCUUGAGGAAGUGUGCCUGCUUGGGAGCGACACUCACUACAUAUGCUGGAAGACUCCCCCCAAGCAUGAGGCAUCUCCUGCACCUGUUUCCCGAAGCACGAAUGACAACUCAAGUGAUGAAGAAGAGGAGGAAGAUGAAGAAAGGGAUGGUGGGGUGGCUGGACCAUCUGUUCCCUCAGGCCAGCGAGAGGAUGUGGCACUCUCGGAGACCACACCAGGGGAGAAGCGGCCAGUUCCCCUUGUUGACUAUGUCCUCAAUGUGAUGAAGUUCGUGGAUGCCAUUCUGAGCAACAACUCUACUGAUGAUCACUGCAAGGAGUUUGUCACACAGAAGGGUCUUGUUCCCUUACUGGGCAUCCUGGGUCUGCCAAACCUUCCCAUAGAUUUCCCAGUCUCUCAGGCUUGUCAGUCUGUGGCAUCAGUGUGCAAGUCUAUACUGAAUCUUGCCCAUGAGAGUGGAGUUCUUCAAAGAGGGCUUCACUGCCUUAAUGAAAAGCUUGAGGCCUUGGCUCCCCUGCACCAGCCUCUGCCUUCCCCAGGAGGCUCAGUGCUGCUGCGGGAGCUGGCCUCAGCACCCAGCCCAGGUGAGGCCACAGCUUUCCCACAGGCCACUCCUUUACUGCACACACUGAGUGCUGUCCAUGCCUACAUCAUGAUGCUGGUGCAUGUGUGCCGCACAGGACAGACGGAGAUCAGGCAGUUAUCCAUCAACCAGUGGGGCACAGAGCUUGGCUUGAGGGUGUUGGUAGGCCUCACCCAGCUGUACACCUCCCUCGUCUGGGAGUCCACAGUGCUUCUGGCGCUCUGCUCUGAUGAUGCCCUGCCUGCAGGCUGCCUCUUUGGCAAAGAAGACACUGACAAACUGCUACCACCUGACUUGAGGUCUGAGGAUGGCAGCCGAAGUGAAGCAAUCGCAAUGGAAGUGACAGAAUCUGAUGUUAAGGGAACAAGUGGAACCAGUGCACCAUUGGCCGAGGACAGCAACACUGAGAGCCCCACACGACAACAGUCUGCAGCUACACAGCACCAGAUGAAGCUGAUCAAGCCACUCUUGUCUUCAGCUUCAAGAUUGGGCAAAGCACUGGCUGAGCUUUUUGGCCUUCUUGUCAAGCUGUGUGUUGGCUCUCCACUGCGUCAGCGGAGGGGACAGCAGGUCGCCACUCCCAUCACACCUCCCUCGGCAUCAGCAAGGGCCGUGGCUUCUGCCUUGGCCCACCUUUUGUAUGCUGGGCUCUCCUGGACUCCACCCCCAGCCUCUCCUGUCCCCAAGUUUCGCCUCACUUUCCUCAUAUGCUCUGUCAGGUUCACUAAUCCCAUGCUCUUUGAUGACAAGAAAAUGCCAUAUCAUCUUAUGCUCCAGUACUUUGUGUCCUCCCAAGGUCUUAGAGCUUUCUUUGACACCUUUGAAUGGGCCAUCAGUGCAGGGGGACAGGACGGUCUUGACUCUGGGGAACUACCUGAAGGAACAGGAGAGUUUCUGGACACGUGGCUGUUCUUGCUAGAGAGGCUCGUCAAUCCUCGCACCAUGCUAGACUCCCCGAACUCCCUGCCAGCUAAGUCCUCUCAGCCUGGCUACCAACCAUUCAGCCCUCUUAAGUUCCUCAUUCAUAUUCAGAAGGCUGCAUUUGAAGCUGUGAUGAAACUGUGGAACAAGAAGCCACUGAAGUCGUACGGCGUGAGGAUAUCAGAGUCUGUGUUGGUGAUCCUGUGCUCCAUCAUCAAGGGGGAAGCAAUCAUCAACGAGCGUCUUGCCAAGGAAAAAGAGGGCACUUCUACUACCAUCACCAGCACUACCACCAUUUCCACCACUACCACCACCACUGCAGCAGCAGCAGCAGCGGCAGCAGCAGCAGCAGCAGCAGCAGCAGCAGCAGCAGCAGCAGCAGCAGCAGCUACUAUUGCCACCACAGCCACAGCCACUUCUAGCACCAGUAGUAGUGGCACAGCAGGUACAGCUACACCCGCUACUACCACAACCAAUACUGCUGGUGCUGCAGUGCCUGCCACCACUAGUGCCCCUUCCUCUGACUGGGUCACAACUCCACCCACAGACACCACUGGUCAGGCUGCUCCUGUAGAACCUGAUGUCAACCAGCAGCACCUGCAGGCUCUAAUGGACAUGGGAUUUGCCCGUGAGAGAUGCCUGGAGGCCAUUUCCCAGACCCACACUCUCCAGCAGGCCACUGAGUACCUGCUGAUGAACCCUCACCUGGACCCAUCCUCUGGGGUUGGAGGUGGGGGAGACAUGGAACUCACUGAGGAAGACCAGAUGCUUCAGGCCAUUGCCAUGUCUUUAGGAGAGAAUGUACAGGUAUCAGGCACUGGCAGCACUAGCACCACCAACCUUAGUUUUCAGUGCAGCACUCCAAAAGCUACCACUGUUGCCACCAAGGAGAUGGAUGAUGACCCUCUGGGCAAGGACACUCUAGAUAAAUUCAGUGAACAUGUGUUGGAGGGCUGCUUGAGUCAGCUGGAUGUGCAGCCCCAGAUGGUGUACAAAGUGUGUGAACUGCUGACAACUUGUGCCACUCGCAACGGUGUGCAGUGGAGAGACAACAUGCUCACAACACUCAUAAAUGAGAUUAGCAGCCAAGCUGAGCAGCUAUUCACGAUCAGCAGCCUGUCGACACAGGAGAAAGUGGACCUGCUAUGCACUUCAGUACUGGCCUCAAAAUUUGCUGUGCGGCUCCACCUUGUAACUCUUCUGUUUGAGGAGAUGAAGACUGGAUGUGCAAGAGCUAUGGAGCAGGCUGGUCUGGUGCACACCCUUACAGAUCUGUUCAUCAUGACACAAGGUGUGCUGGCGUCUGCCUCCACCCUCACCCCAGCCCCAGCAGCCCAGGCAGUGCAUGCCUCCCCCCAAGCAACACCACUACACUCCAAAGACAAGGACAAGGAGAAAGACAAAGAUAAAGAGUCCACAGAAGGCUCAGGGACUCCUAAGUGGCUCUCUCCAGGUCUCCUCUUGCUAGAUCUUUAUGAAAAGUUAGCAAUUGCAACUAAAAGGAGGGCAGCUGUAAAUAAGAUAUGCAACCACGUGUGGAAGUGGUUUGAUAUGAGCACUCAAAAGUGGUGUGCCUAUUCAGCAAGCAACAACAAGACUAUCAAUGAUGCCUACUGGUCAGGUGAGGCAAGCAUACGCAUCAUCAACGGACGCAGGAAGUACACCAUUCAGUUCCACUCCAUGGUUCAGGUAAAUGAGGAGUCUGGCAAUCGCCGCCCAGUGAUGAUCACCAUCAAGGACAAAGUCAUUGCUGAGAAAAAGAAGGAAUUGGCAACUGCCUCAGCCAGCAAAGACAAGCCAAGCCAAGCUCCAGAGGAGGAAGGUGCAGCAGCUGCCACUACUGAUGAAGACAAGAAGACUGGAGCAGACGGGCAGACGGCCGCAGAAGCAUCUGGGGGUGGAGUGGCCCAGGCGUCAGAAGACCCAUCCAAAGCAGUGACGAUGGUUGGUGGAGAAGAAAAGAUGGAGUGUGAGGAUGGAGAAGAAGCAAGUGGACCAGCAGCUCCUGAGACAGCCGGUCCUGAAGUGGUGUUGGUGGAAGGACUGACAGAUGUGCACCAGGAGUUCAUGAUCAGGGCAUGUGUUGGAUUCAUGAAACUUGGAGUGGACCCAGAUACCCUCCAUGCUUUGAUGCGAUUGUGCUUGCGCAUGACACGAGUCUGGGAGAACGCCUGCCUCUUUGCAAGCCUGGGUGGUGUGCGCACCUUGCUGUCUCUGACUGAGGCUUCAGGCUUUUGGGGUUUCCAGAACCUGGCAGCCUUGCUGAUGCGGCACGUGUUGGAGGAGCCAGCCACUCUGCGCUACACCAUGGAGAAGGUUGUGCGGUCAUCGGCAAGCAACAACUCCAUGUCAGGCACGAAGGAGCUGCACUACCUGCUGCGCAUACUUGCCCCUGCCGCCUGCCGCCACCCUCAGCUCUUCAUGGAGAUCACGCAGCAGUGUUUGCGCAUUGACCUCAACAUGACACUCAAGAGGAAUCUCAUGUCAACCAACAGUGAAGACAGCAUCCUUAUGAAGAGUGUUGGGGGCAAGAGUGUGGGUUGUGUUGGCGGCACCAGUACCACAGGUGGCUCCGGUCCUCCUACUGGCAUGACCCUGAGUUCAGAGCCACAAAACCUUAUCCAUGACCUCUUGGAAGCCCUGACUACCCUGAAAGAUGAUGCUGAGCCAGCCUCAGGUAGUGCCGCAGGGGCCACUCUGGCAAGCACCACACCCACUGAGGAGAGGAGCUCGUCUGCCUUCAACACACGUAGGCAGGUGUACCUCUCCCGCUCCUCCUCAGCCAAUGACAUGGUGGUGCAGGAGACUGAUGAGCAGGUUAGAAAUAGCCCAAUGGAGAGUGACUCAAGUAAGGUUCCUGGCUCUGAUGGGAAGGGUGCUACUAGUGAUAAGGUGGAUGAAGCAGCCAAGAAGAAAAAGCCUCUUCUUUCAAAGUCACUCAUUUGCAAACUCCUGGCUGAGUUUGUACGCUCCUAUGCUGGAUGUGCCAAGCUAGUCACUGAACACCAUUAUUCAGCUGGAGCAAAUGAGAAGAUUACAGAGGAGUGCUCAGCGCUGGCAUACAUGCUGGACCACUUGGUGUGCAACAGUUCGGCCUCAGACAAAGACACGGCUGGCCACGUGCGGGUCCUUAUUGCUGCUCUUGCCUCCUGCAACCAUGCACCCGAUGCCCAGACCAUCCUGGUGACAGAGGUGAAGGCUGCUCUUGGACGAGCCACAGUCCUUCUAGAGAGUGUGGAGAAGCACAGUCGCAUUCAGGCGCUAGUGGGGCUGAUCUGCAUCAUGAUGGAAGCCUGUCCCGCACAACUGAACCAACCCCACAAUGUGUGCUUCAAGCAGCAACAACACGGAAUGAACAACAUGAUUCGGGUGAUGGUGCGUAAGGGAUUGGUGACAGAUCUAGCACGCAUCCCCCACAGUCUGGACCUCUCCUCCCCCAAUAUGUCACCAACUGUCAAUGCAGCCCUCAAACCCCUGGAACUGGUGUCCCGCAUUGUCAACCUGCCUUCAUUCAUGCCCACCUCAUCAUCCAAGAAGAAGAACACUCAGAGUGAUGAUGCCCAGCAGCCCAUUGGUACAGAGACCACAAACAGUGAGGCAACACGGGCACAAGGCGAUGACAACAUAGAGGACACAGAGAACACUGAGCACGACAUCUCAGGAGCAGGAGAGAGCCUGGAGCCCACCUCUGAGGCACAUCCUAAUGAGGAUGGUACUCUGGUGGAGGGAGAUGAGGCUGGCCUGGAGGGAAUCCUGGAUCACCUGCUGGAGGAAAGCACGGGUGGAGGUGGCCGUGCUCAGCCCAUCCGAGACACUGUCACCGCCACCGUUACUUACGUUAUUGACCGUGAUGCCCCAAUGGACACUGACGAGACACUGCAUGACUCCCGCAUGGUGUCCCACUCUGACAGUCAGUUCCUGGAUGAGGCUGAGGAUGAAGCCAACGAAGAGCAAGAUGAUUCAUCAUCUGAGUCGUCAGAGGAGAGAGAGGAUGAUGAUGCAGAUGAAGAUGACAAUGAUGAAGUGGAAGAAGAGGAGGAGGAGGAAGAGGAAGAUGGACCUGAUGACGAUGACGAAGAUGUAGAUGAGGACGAGGAAGGGUCAGUGUUUGACGAGGGAUAUGAGGACCUGGAGGAGGAAGCCUUGAUUCAACUGCCGGGCGACCGAGACUCAGAUGACAUCAUAAUGCUGCCAUCCUACCAGCAGUACAUUGACACCAUCGACACUAUCAUCUUUGGGGAGCGUGUGGAUCGGGUGGAUCGGGUCUCCCUCCACCACCACAGCAACUCCCAUGAAGAUCCUUCCUUCAUGGCUUCCACACCCAAUGCCAAUCCCAGUGGGAGCAAUGCCAUUCCAGCCCACCCACUAUUCCAGAAUCAUGAGUACUAUGAAACUAAUCAAUCUUGUGUGUCGUUUCCAGGUGGGAGCAAUGCCAUUCCGACCCACCCACUAUUCCAGAACCCGCGUGAGGUUCCUACUACAGCCAGUGCCCGCCUUAACGGCCGGCCAAGUCGCCAGCGCGGGGUGCUCAGGUACCACUCUGUCGCCCCACGCACCCUCACCACUGACACCAUGCUCCAGAGGUUACUGGGACCCGGCCACCGUGAAGUUAUGCAACUAACGUCCAACCUACGAGAUGCCUCUCAGGUGCUCUUCACUAAUCCUGAUGUCCGGUUAAUGCCUCCUGACCCAGAUGAGUUUAUUGAAUUGCAGGAUCACGGCGGGAAUGUGAUGAACAAUGGAGGUCAGACGGCCUCACUUUCCAGCGUGCCCAAUGCCCUCUCCCGCUGGACUGAGGAGACGCGGGUUCUAGAGGCAGACUCCAUGCAUGAUGCUGUCACUGUUGUGAAGCCAGCUUUGAUGGCAGUUCUGGAGAAAUAUAGAGAUGAGGAGCAGCUAGAAAGAGACAAGAAAAAGAAGGAACAGGAGACAAGCAAAACACCACCAGCCUCAGCUGAAAUAUCUCAAGGUCCCCUUCUCCUUCAUAACAAUGAUGCAGAAAUGGGAGAGGCUAGUGAGAGCAGCAGAUCAGGUGGGCGGCCGGACGUGGCUACCUCUGAGGCACCCAGCCAAGACGCUGCCAUUCUGAGCACUGCCUCCAUUGCUGAAUCCAUUGUGGAGUCUGUGUUGGCUUCCUCCUCUCGGCCACAGUCAACUACCACUCCCAGCUUCUCUGGCCUCCUCACCUUGCUAUCACCUGUGUCAUCAAGCAACCCUACUCUGCCCUUACAAGAGCCUCCAGUGUCAUCCGUUCCAGCCAUUGGGGGAGCACUGUCUGGGGCAUCCUCUGCUCCCACCACUCCUCAGACUACCACAGUUACAAGUUUGCCACCAUUUCCCUCACCGACCACCACCACCACCAUCCCAACCACCACCUCCUCCACCCCAGUGGCCAGCCUGGCUCCCACAGCAUCCUCACUGCCUGUCACAGACACUGAGAUGGUCACUGCCUCCCCCUUGCCAUCAACUGGACCCCAGAUUCUUCCCAGUGAUAAUGUAGAGAGUCUAGCCACUCAGGAAGAAACUCCCAUGUCAGUAAGCCCUCCGGAAUACCCAUGCUAUUCUCCUCAGCUCUUCACUCUCCCCGAAGACAAUCUCACCACCCCACCCUCACCAGGCGUUCCUCCCAGAGAGGCCUGGGAGGAGCUUAGCAUGCCCAUGCAGCAAGACUCCCAGGACCAGGCAGGUGAAUCUCAGGGUGGCUCAUCCUUGCCUGCUUUGGUUGCCCCAGCACGCUUAAGGGAAGGACAAGAUGCUGCACAGGAAAGUGGGAGAGAAAAUGAGGCUGGGCCUUCAAGUUCCUCCAACACCCGUCCAGACUACUCGGCCAUUUUGGGCGACAUAGAGAUUCCUGAGGGAGUUGACCCAAGCUUCCUGGCAGCCUUACCAGAGGACAUGAGGCAAGAGGUCAUUGCUGAACAGCUCAGGUUGCAGCGGGUGAGGCAGCGAGCGACAGAGAACACAAGGGAGAACAAUAGCACCACGGUAGGGGAAGUGAACCCCGAGUUCCUGGCUGCACUUCCUCCAAACAUCCAGGAGGAGGUGCUGACACAGCAGCGUCUGGAGCAGCAGCGGCAGCAGGCAGCACGCUCCAACCCAGAUGACCCUAUGGACCCUGUGUCCUUCCUGCAGACGCUGCCCGCCUCCCUCAGGCAGACUAUACUGGCUGAUCUGGAGGACUCUCAGUUUGCUGCACUGCCCCCUGAGCUGGCCCAGGAGGCACAGACUCUGCGGAGGCAGCGGGAGGAGCGUAACAGACAUGCACACGAGCACAUGUUCACCCGGCCUGGCACAUCACUCUCCUCCAUCCUACGUAAUACUGCACGCAUCAGCUCACGACUCAUGCACUCCUCCAGCUGGUCCACUAGCUGGAACCUGCGGCCGUCAUCCACUGGCCAGCCCGUAACACCAGCCAAGCCCCGGGGCCGCCAGCUGCUGGACCACGAGGCAAUGACCUGCCUACUGGUGCUGCUCUUUGUUGACGAGCCCAAGCUGAACACCGUCCGCCUCCACCGAGUGCUGCGCUACUUGUGCCACCACACCCCCACUCGGGACUGGGUCAUCAAGGCACUACUAUCCAUUCUGGAGCGGUGUGGUGACCACAGUCAACAGAGCAGUCGUACAGGAAGCAUCAGCAGUGAGCAAGGAGUGACCAGCCUAACACCAGCCACCCCAGACACCAGCAGCAAGGGCAGCAGCAGGAAGGCACACUCUGGGGCCAAAGCUGAGCUUCCCCUCACGUCCACCCCCUCAUGGCCUGGCGAAUCUCGUUCCCCUGUUGCCCCCUCCUGGCUCAGCAUGAGCAUGGAUGCUGCCCUCGGGUGUCGGGCAAGCAUCUUCCAGAUACAGCGCACACAGCCAACAGGGAAGCGCACAUCAAUUGCGGCAACUACCACUGCUGUAAAUAUCCAUCCUCAAGCUUCUCCACUUGUAUACAGACAUGCCCUUGACACCCUGAUCUCAUUAGCUAAGUGUUUUCCGAGCCACUUUUUGCCACACCAAGGCAAGGAGUCAGAUGACAGCAAAAGUGACUCCAAGAAAUCAUCAUCUGGGGGAGGGGCGAACACUGGUGCUAUCAGUAAAAACUCAAAGGGCAGUGCAUCAUCCUCAGCACAAGCCAGUGAGUCGUCAGACUUUUGGGAGCUGCUGGUGAAGCUGGACUCUAUCAGUGUGUCCCGAAAGGGGAAGGGGUUGCCCAGGACCCACUCCAGUGCUGGUGGUAGUGGCGACGAGGAGCAGCGAGUCACCAGUCUGGAGGCAUCACCACUGGGGCAGCUCAUCCAGCAGCUUGCCCAUCCUGUAGUUCGCCGAUCUUCACUUCUCACUGAUCGCCUCCUGCGUCUCUUGGCAUUAAUCUCUCUUGGCCUCCCAGAGACUGCAGACUCUUCUGCUGCACAAAGUUCCAGUGCUGCCCAGCAUUCAGCGGAGAACUCUCAGACCUUAGAACAUCUGCUCAGCUUGGCUAUUCAGGUUCUCACAAGCAAGUCAUGUUCUGAGGAAGGUCUGGAGGAUGCAACAGCCCUCCUUCUGCAUCUCUCCCAUGGACCUCCACCAGCCAGGGACCAAGUUCUGCGCCUGCUGCUUCAGGGUGCUGCCACAUUAGGCUCAACUGUAGCCACUCACAUUGCUGCCCUGCUAAGUGACCUCAAAGCUUACAAUGCCUCCCACCCUCCUGCAGUCAUCCCCGAUGAGGACCACCAGCUCCACCUCUCAGAGAAGAGCAAGAAGGGCUUGUUACAAGAUAGGUUCACCAAUGAAUGUGUCAUUAUCAGUGGGGCCACCAAAGUGAAGCCACCGUGUGAGCUACAGUUGGCCUCCAUGUCAGCCCUCACCAGCAAGACUUCCUCUCAGGCGUUCUUCCUCCGCACACUGAAGGUCAUCAUCCAGCUGAGGGACGCCAUCAGAUUGUCUCGUACAAGGAAGAGUGGGACUCAGGCAAGUAAUAACACAAGUGAUAGACCCAGUGGAGCUAGUCAGCAGGAUGCAGCAAGCAGCCAAGACCAGUCAAAUGCUACUACCAACCAGUCUUCAUCAGAAACUCAGCAGCAGGAACAGCAGGCUCAGCAAGACCAGCAGCAGCAGCAGCCACAACAACAGCCACAUCAGCAGCAGCAGGCUGAAGGUUCCAGGGAGGAGAGGCAAGGCACUGAGAGUAGUCAAGAGCCCCGUCAGGAGAGUGUUGGCCAGCAGGAGCAGAGUGAAAGUGUGCCUGUCGUCCUGAUCGAUGUACCAAAUCCUGAGGCUGAUAAUGCUGCCAAUGCAUCAGCAGGAGCCCAGCAGGAGAGCACCCAGCCCACCACUGAGGCCAUGGAUGUUGACACUGAAGCAGAAACCUCAGACCUGGGCAGCCUGAGUGCACAGCUGAACCUUGAGGAGCUGUGGUCAACACUGUCUGAGUGCCUGGUGGAGCUGGGAGAGACGCAAGACACCCAUGCUGUGCUGGUGCUGCAGCCGGCAGUGGAGGCAUUUUUCCUGGUGCAUGCGUCUGCCACCUCAGGCGACCGCAAAGAGCGCACCACUGCCCAGUCUGAAUCACGCGAGGCUCAACUGGCACAUCUCCAUCAUGAAAUUGCCCCACUCUCUCCAUUGCCCUCAGCACAGACAGAAGGUGAAGGAAGUACAACCCAAGCCGUAAGGAGGAAAAGGGACAACUCCACAUCCCAAGUGUCUGGCUACUACCCUGAUGACACUGACAAAUUCCUCAAAUUUGCAGAGACACAUCGCACCGUCCUAAACCAAAUCUUGCGGCAAUCAACGGUGCAUCUGGCCGAUGGGCCAUUUGGUGUGCUGGUGGACCACACUCGACUCCUUGACUUCGACAUUAAGAGGAAGUACUUCAGAACAGAGCUGGAGCGUGCUGACGAUGGCAUGCGGCGAGAAGACCUGGCAGUGCACGUCCGACGGGAGCACGUGUUUGAGGAUUCCUUCAGAGAGCUGCACCGACGCUCCCCUGAUGAGUGGAAGAACAGGUUCUACAUUGUGUUUGAAGGUGAAGAAGGACAAGAUGCUGGUGGUCUUUUGAGGGAAUGGUACAUGAUCAUCUCAAGGGAAAUCUUCAACCCUAUGUAUGCACUGUUCUGCACCUCGCCUGGAGACAGAGUGACCUACAUGAUCAACCCAGCCUCCCACUGUAACUCCAACCACCUCUCAUACUUUAAGUUUGUGGGACGAGUCAUUGCCAAAGCUAUAUAUGACAACAAGCUGCUGGAGUGUUAUUUCACAAGAUCCUUCUACAAGCACAUUCUUGGGAAGAUGGUGCGUGUUGUGGACAUGGAGAGUGAAGACUACUCCUUCUACCAAGGGCUUAUCUACCUGAUGGAACACAACGUGGCAGAUCUGGGCUAUGAGCUGACCUUCAGCACAGAGGUGCAAGAGUUUGGAGUGACAGAGGUGAGAGACCUGAAGCCCAACGGACGCAAUAUUCCUGUGGAGGAGGAGACCAAGAUGGAGUACAUCCGCCUUGUCUGUCAGAUGAAGAUGACCGGUGCAAUACGACAGCAAUUGAAUGCCUUCUUGGAAGGUUUCUAUGACAUCAUUCCAAAGCGCCUCAUCUCAAUCUUCAAUGAGCAGGAGCUGGAGCUUCUGAUCUCUGGCCUCCCCACCAUUGACAUAGAUGACCUGCGCACCAACACUGAGUACCACAAAUACCAGCCCAAUUCCCUGCAGAUUCAAUGGUUCUGGCGGGCUCUGAGAUCCUUUGACCAGGCUGAGCGGGCCAAGUUCCUACAGUUUGUGACGGGCACCAGCAAAGUACCUCUCCAGGGCUUCGUUGCUCUGGAGGGUAUGAAUGGAACUCAGAAGUUCCAGAUUCACCGGGAUGAUCGGUCAACAGACAGACUGCCUUCUGCUCACACCUGCUUCAACCAGUUGGACCUGCCUGUGUAUGAGACCUACGACAAGCUUCGCCACUAUUUGCUUAAGGCCAUCCAUGAGUGCUCUGAAGGCUUUGGCUUUGCCUAAAAUGGGUAACUACUUCAUAUAAUCUUUAAAUUGAUAUUCUGUAGAAAACUAAUGUGAUAUUGGGACUUGAAUGUGUUGGGUGUUUCCAGGAAAGCAUUAGUACAACAUCCUAGCAUUGAAACCAACAAAUUAUCAACAGUCAGUAAUCACCUUAGCUUCCAUUGUUUGAAUUGGCUGCAGCAAGAGUGAUUUAGCAAUGUAUUGGCUCUGUAGCCAGGCUUUGGAGCAUUAGUACAUGUACUUUUCACUUGAGUACUGUUUGGAGCUCUAUAUGAUGGCCAUCUCAUUUGUUUAUAGCCUAGCUUAGAACAAUUAUUCCAAGAUGUGCAUAUACUCAUUUAAAAAAAAUUGUAAUCUAUAACUUGUAAUUAUAUUUCUUUUGAAUGGCUGUUUCAGCAUAACUGGUUGGAGAUUGUUAAUAAAAGAAUGUCAAAUACAGAAAUUUUUGGGAUUUAUACUUCCAGAAAGUGAAGAUGUGAUAGAUUUUGUGAGUUUUGAUUUUUCAUACUAAUUAUACUCUUACUUAAACUCUUCUGACAUUUUUAGUUUUAUUGGCUCGGCUCCCAGCAGGAAUUUUUUUUUUUUUUUUUUAUUUAUUUUUUUGAAGCUGAUGCUAUUAAAUUGAUUAUGAUUACAGUAACAAAUUAUUUUGUUUUUUAACUUGGUUGCCCUUUGUUCCUCACUGAGCAGAAGCAAGGGCUGCCUGGCCUUGGCACAGCUGAGCCUCGCUGCUCCCAAGGCUUUUUGUCAGUUAUGGUUGAUAUUGAACAACCUUCCCUAGAAGCCUAUUCCAAACUACCCAUGUGAAUUUAUUGAAAACGUAACAUUUAUACAUAUGUUCACAGUAUACAUAUACACACCUUCCAUUAGUAUUAUCACUGUGCUGUAUAUUCUGGCCUCACAACUGCUGUACAUACAAUUACAGAAGUACACUGGUAUAUCUAAUGUGAUAUAUUUACAUUUAGGGCUGUCUAAUAUUGCUACAAAAUAUUGAUCAACAUUAGAGAUAAUUAAGGAGCAAGUGAAGGACUUGUGAAGAUGUAGGCAGGUUUCCAUGAAACUUCAAGUGGGCUGUUGAAAUUGUCAAUUAUUUAUUUAUUUCCUUGAUAUAUUUUACUUUUUUUUCCAGAGUUUUCCAUUAAACAGUAUUGAAUUGUGAGUUCAGUUUCAAGGCCUGGGAAACAAUUUGCUGCUCUCAUUAUAUAUGUAUUUCUAUAUAUAUAUAUAUAUAUAGCAAAAUUUUUGUUUCACUACAAUAAUUAUACAAGUCCAGUAUUGGCAUUUCUGGGUGUAGGUGAUGGGCAUUUGGCUAGGGCUCAAUAGGAAGGCAUGUAAAGUAUGUAAUAUUUAAUAUUUACAGAUAGCUUACUCUCUGUCAACUAGUUUCUUUCAUUAAGAAAAGAUUAUUUUAAGUUUUGUGUUAAGUGGGUCAAUAUAUAAUUUUCUUUUUAUUUGUCAUGAUAUAUAGUCACUGAUUUCUCAGUUUAUUUUCUCACCGUUAAGCCCAAAUGUUAUAUAGUGUAUUUUAUCACAUAUGCAAAGAACCAUUCUUCUACUUUACCAUGUUGGCAUUAAAAUACACAGUAUUAAAAUGA